UACAAAAUUUCCCUUAUCCGGUUCCUGUUUCAAUGCGCAUGCGUCUGUCAGCCGGCUACUACACCAUUUCCGGGAAAUCCAUUAAAACAUGGCUACAGCUGUACCAGACGAACCGGUAGUUAUACCUGCCCCAGCCGCUGAGGGGCGUCAGUACCUGGUGUAUGAAGGGCCGAGAUCUGAUAUCACUUACCCCAUGAAGGUUUUGUACUGUGGAGAAUGUUCCAUGCCACUUGAGUUCUGCGAGUAUUACCCAAACUAUGAGAAGUGUAAGAAGUGGCUGGAGACAAACUUGCCCGAUCAGUUUGAAAAGCUAAAGGCUGAUGGUGAGGAUGGAGAGACUGGAGAUGCAGAGAAGAAAAGACAGAAGAGAGGAGGGAAGGGACAGGUAAAAGCCAAGAAGAAGGCCGAACCUCAAGGAGUCAACCUGGGAUACAUUAAACGUGGAAAGAAGAAGAGCACAAUUAUUACUGGCCUCUCAACCUAUGAAAUUGAUCUGAAGGAAGCCAGUCAAUUCUUCUCCAAGAAGUUUUCGUGCGGCUCAUCCGUGGUUGCUGAAGAUGAAAUAUCUGUCCAAGGAGAUAAACGGGACGAUCUGUUUGAUAUUCUCUGUGAAAAGUGGCCUCAGAUUGAUGAAGAUGGUAUAGAUGACAUUGGUGAAGUAAAGAGAUGAUGAAAAUAUUUAAAUAAUUUAUCUUUAUAUUUGAAUGCCAUUAAAUCAAAUACACACUCUU